UUUCUUCUGUUUUGUAAGAAAUCUUACUUUCCACAAAAUCCUGGUGAGAGGAAACACGAGUAAUGACUUUAGGCAGUGGUGCAGAAGGAGAAAGAUCAGGAGACCGGUAUGGACUUCCAGUAUGGACAACACGCACAAAGUGCACCUCUGGGUGGAGAGAGAGGAUGAGAAAGUUGAGCCCUGAAAAGCAUACCACCAAGGCUUGCAUUAAGCAGAGUUCGCGGUCCUCCGAGGCAGCCGAAGAUGAGAAGGAGCAGCGCCCGGUGACGGUCAACCCCUCGCACAUGAGGAAGGCGUUCAAGGUCAUGAACGAGUUACGGAGCAAGCGACUCCUCUGUGAUGUGGUGAUUGUGGCUGAAACUGUGGAGAUGGAAGCCCACCGGGUGGUCCUUGCGGCCUGCAGCCCUUAUUUUUGUGCCAUGUUUACAGGAGACAUGUCUGAAAGUAAAGCCAAGAAGAUUGAAAUAAAAGACGUUGAUGGGCAAACACUGAGGAAGCUGAUUGAUUACAUCUACACAGCUGAGAUAGAGGUCACAGAAGAGAAUGUGCAGGUUUUGUUGCCAGCUGCUAGUUUAUUGCAGCUGAUGGAUGUUAGAAAAAACUGCUGUGAUUUUCUUCAGUCCCAGUUGCAUCCCACAAAUUGCCUUGGAAUUCGAGCCUUUGCAGACGUGCACGCAUGUACCGAACUUCUGCAGCAGGCCAAUGCCUAUGCAGAGCAGCACUUCCCUGAGGUGAUGCUAGGAGAAGAAUUUCUUAGCCUUAGUCUGGACCAGGUUUGCAGUUUAAUAUCAAGUGACAAGCUCACAGUCUCCUCUGAAGAAAAGGUCUUUGAAGCUGUUAUUUCUUGGAUAAAUUAUGAGAAGGAAUCUCGCUUAGAGCACAUGGCUAAGCUGAUGGAGCAUGUUCGCCUACCCCUUUUGCCCAGAGAUUAUCUUGUACAGACUGUUGAAGAAGAAGCUUUAAUCAAGAAUAACAACACGUGUAAAGACUUCCUUAUCGAGGCCAUGAAAUAUCACUUGCUUCCUCUGGAUCAAAGGCAACUGAUAAAGAAUCCCAGAACGAAGCCGAGGACUCCAGUUAGCCUGCCAAAGGUGAUGAUUGUGGUGGGUGGGCAAGCGCCCAAAGCCAUCCGCAGCGUGGAGUGCUAUGAUUUUGAGGAGGAGCGAUGGGAUCAGGUUGCUGAGCUUCCCUCCCGGAGAUGCAGAGCAGGUGUGGUAUUUAUGGCCGGCAACGUUUAUGCCGUCGGGGGCUUUAACGGAUCUCUACGGGUGCGCACGGUGGACGUGUACGACGGCGUGAAGGACCAGUGGACGUCCAUCGCCAGCAUGCAGGAAAGACGCAGCACUUUGGGCGCUGCUGUGCUGAAUGAUCUCCUGUAUGCAGUGGGUGGAUUUGAUGGCAGCACUGGUCUGGCAUCAGUUGAGGCCUAUAGCUAUAAAACCAAUGAGUGGUUUUUUGUGGCUCCCAUGAACACAAGAAGAAGCAGUGUUGGAGUUGGAGUUGUGGAGGGUAAGCUCUACGCCGUGGGGGGCUAUGACGGAGCGUCCCGUCAGUGCCUUAGUACCGUGGAGCAGUACAACCCGGCCACAAACGAAUGGACUUACGUCGCGGACAUGAGCACGCGGCGCAGUGGUGCAGGCGUUGGCGUUCUCAGCGGGCUGCUGUACGCUACUGGUGGGCACGACGGUCCCUUGGUGAGGAAGAGUGUGGAAGUCUACGAUCCGGGAACAAACACCUGGAAGCAAGUCGCGGACAUGAAUAUGUGCAGAAGAAAUGCAGGUGUAUGUGCAGUGAACGGACUCCUCUACGUGGUCGGAGGAGAUGAUGGCUCCUGUAACCUGGCCUCUGUGGAGUACUACAACCCCAUCACGGACAAGUGGACGUUGUUACCAACCAGCAUGAGCACUGGAAGAAGCUAUGCAGGUGUGGCUGUGAUUCACAAACCGUUGUGACCCACGAUCAAGGCGGUGCGAGGAGCAGAAGUCAAAUGGAUCCAGCUAGGUGGUGUUGGGAAGGUGACCGACCUCUGCCUUGACCCAUCUCAUUGCCGUUAAACUCUUAGCGUGACAAGUGAUACAUUACAAACAUCAUCUGCUCUGCGGUGGGUUGUGCGGCGAAGCGCAGAUCCCCCCGGGGAUGUGGUCCAUGCCAGGCACGAGGUGUUGCUUGUUAUCUGUGGUGCAAUCAACCGUUUCUCUCAACAGCUAGUUGGGAUGAACACUGUGCUUGAACUGCGGGCACUGAAUUUCUUGUGCGAAGUCAAACUGCUACAUUUGGGCAUGCGAGUGAAAAAACGAACACUAUUGGAUUUCUUCACUACUGAUGCUCUGUGUGCAUUACUGGUUGAAUUUACUCCUUGUGCCUGGAGGGUGGGCUUCACUACUGACAGUGGAAACUUGGUACUUCAGAAGACCACAGACCAAGACUACAGAAGCAGUCAGCAGAAACGGGCUGGAGCCGGGUGCUCGGGCUGUGUGACACUGCGUUUGUAUUUGCCACUGGACUACUGUACGUACCCCUGGGACGCCUGUUGUGUGGUGGGAGAUAAACACCGUGUGAUUUUUGUCGUGGUCGUGAGCGCCGUUUCCUGUGCGUGAUGGGACCUGCUGGGCGGUGCCGUUCCUGGCGCCGGUGUCUCAGCACUUCAACCGCACUGAACACCGCGACCCCGGAGGAGUCUGCUGCUCUGGGAGGGGGGGUUAUCGCUCCUGUCGAACAGCUCCUGCUUGAGCAGGAGGUAUUCCUGACCCACACGUUUCCGUGCUGUGCUGAAACCCCAGUUCUAGCUCUGUCCAGCAUUUCAGUGCCAUCUCAUAGUACAGCGUUUAGGUAUCAAAAGAAAUACCGGAUGGUGCCAUGAAUGUAGACGCGGUACGGCGAGAACCCUCGGUCACCCAUGCAGGGGUUAGUAACCGAGGUGAAAUACCUCCAGUGUCUUAAGGCUUCCAGAGUAUGGAGAUGUUACUAAUCAGUGUCACUGUAACUAUUUAAAUUUCUCCGGUACUGAGUGUGUUCUUCCAUCAGUACGAAGAAUUGAUAAGAUUAUUCAAAACACAACAAAACGGACAAAUGGGAUCCAGCUGUGAUGCAGUUGUCUUGGUUACAUCCCAGAUUCUUAAAGCUUUCCGUUGAAGGGGAUGUUUGGCCUACAAAUAACCUUUCUGGUGACUCCCGUGAGCCACAACAUGCUUCUGUAGGCGGGGGCAGACUCCUAAAAACUCCCCAGCUAAAGGGAACUGAUGAAGAAAGAUGUUUCCUCUCCUCUUGUUUUUGUUUUCUCAGCUCACUUUGUGCAUUUUGUUGUCUUUUUAAAGAGAACUUGUUUCAUUGUUUUCUUUUUUCUCCCCCCAUAGCUCAACUGAGGCUUUCUGUAGUGGGCAUCUGGCCUGCAGGGCUGUGUCUGGGUAUGUUGCUGUCGACCUGUAGCACGCACCGCUGUUUUUCUGCUGGCUUAUAUCUCCAUAGAGCUCCUAUUAAAAGAACCAUUUAUGACCUUCUACGGUAAAAAAGAAAAAUACUUAAAAAUUGUUUUCGGAGGGACCUAAGGCUGAAUCGCCUUGUGCUGUUUUUAGAAGGGGCACAGAUUACUUCUGUAAAUAAGCUGAUUUUUCGUGUUUGAGCUGGCACAGUCCUUUUGACCUGGGUGCCUGUUCAGUGUGGGGGGAACAGUGUAUCAGCCUGCUGCUCAGUGUUGAUAAUUAAAAUAAAAAACGUCAUUUCUGUAAGACCCUCUAAGCACCUUGCUCUGGGUUUUACGAUCUCCACUGAAAUGUAUCAAAAUAGGAGUAAUAUUUGCUGCUCUUUUAUGGUGGACUUUUUUAUUGUGAAAAUGAAGGUGGUAGGAAGGUGUCCCCUGACUAAAUCUUGCUACCAGUCCCGGUCCGGAGGUGCAUCUUUAUGGUGACAAAAAAGCCAGAUGAUGCCUUAGGUCAGACAGAUGCACAACUUCAGUGUCCCAGAGGAUAAAAUGGGACAGGCCGAGGUUUGGGACAGAGUUAGUCUCCGUCGUCAGACUGAGAUGACAACUGGCCAAGGUGGACAAGCAUUUGGCACGUGUGCCUCAUUGGGUCAGGUGUACACACGGGCAACGUAAAGCUAAAUAGAAGUUGGGAACAGUCGCUGACUAAGCUGCCCUGCCUUAGCAGGGAGCAUCACCGGCGGAGAGGCAAAUAUUGGCGAGAGACUAAUAGUUUCUGUGGGUCAGAGAGAAAAACUAGUGGUUAGUGCUGUAGAGAUGCAAGUUGGAAGUUUGCAGUGUUUGUCAGAUGUCAUGAAGGGUUGGAUAUGCCUGAAAGUUGGGGGUUUUUUGUUUUUCUUUUUUUUUCCCUUGCAUAUCUGCUUUCCCAACAGGAAUAUGCAUCUCUUCUUGUAAGCCUUCCUUGCUUUAAAGGAGGACAGGCUUUUGGUGAUUUUCUGCUGUUGUAAAAUGGCAUUUAUGCACACCGCCAGCCUCAACCUGGGGGCCUGCGGGCCAGGACCAGGCUCCCGUCGUCUGCCGGGGCUCGUGGACCGCGCUCCUGGCUGCAGCCGCUGCUUCUCCUCGGUUUUCUUUCCUUCCUCCUCUAAUGUUGCAGUGUUAUGCAAGUCAAGUGACCUCGUUUUCCAGCUAUGCAAUAUGAACAACUGUAACACAUGACAAACCAGCUGUAUUCCCCCCCCCCCCCCCCCCCCGAACGGCUUUUCGGAUUUGUCUGUCUUUGGCAUGUGGUUUCGUGUUUCUAUUAUUGAUUCUGAGCACCUGAGCCAGAUCCUUUCAAGAUUGCCUUUUUCUAGGACUGAAAACAUAGUGUUAGUGCUAACAAAUUUUACUGUAAAUAUUUUUAUAAGACGAUUUUAAAGAAUUUUUUUGGAUUGCUUUUUAUUGUUGUCAAUGACACUUAUGUUAAAUUCUAGAUCUAAUUCUUACACUCCAGUGCAGUUCUUGCUGGCUGUGUUGCAAGUGUAAAUUUGUAUGUUUUCUGCACAAGAAAUUAAAUACUGUAACUAAGGUCUGGGAUAGCUCUUGUGUUGAUCGUAACAUUAUAGAAGGGACAGCAGUGGGCUCGACAUUAUGAAAUAGAUUAAAAUCCAUUACCUCAGUCACCAGUACACUCUUGGAUUAGCAGUGAUUUUAAAUUAAUUGAAAAGCUCCGAUUUAAUUUUCUUCUGCUGUUCAUCUGCUUUGCAGUUAGCUUGGUGGACAAGCUUUCUCUCACCGGUUUUGUUUCUCAGCUCCCCUGCUCGAGCGCAGUGCUGCCCAAAGAUGGAAGAGGUGGCGCACAUGAUAUAAUGCACCUGUGUCAACCCCCCAACUUGCCAAAAAUAAUCAAAGUAUUGCAGGAGGCUUUUGUAAAAGCUUUAAAAACUUCUGGGCUAGUUCCUCGCGGUGUCUUUUUUGAAUAUAUAAAGCCUUGGCACAGCCUAGUUGGGCUUGCACGCUGCCAGGUUUGCAACUUGGGGAGCAAAUGCACAGCAGGAUAUAUUUGCAUUGAGCAAUGUGUUGUUAGAACAAGAAAGAUGAAUCAAGCCCAUCUUUCCCAUUUGUGCCUAAUGGAUAAUUUGGGAGUGAUUAAAACCAAUUUUCUUUUCAUUGAGUUUACCAAAUACUUUUCUAUCUAGAUGUGUAGAGCACUGUAAUUACCAUAAAUAUACUUGGCAGCGUUUGCAUGACAACACCAUGAAAGCUUGAUACUGUUCUCUUGUUUGCGGUGUCUGGAGACUCAGAUCCUUAAUACCCAGUGAUGAGUGAUGCCUCUUCAUCAAACUAAUGUGAUGAUUCAACAGAUAGAUGCAUCUUGCUUUUAACCUUUGGGAUUCAUUGCUAAUAAAACUUAGUGACAGGACAGCUGCCCCCUUGGCUUAACACCAUGCCAUAAAUCAUAUUCACGUAAGAAUACUUGGUUGCUGCAAGCUAGUGUUUGGGAGUGUGUUAGACAUUAUAGUCUGGAAAUGAAUGAAUUCACUUUUUUUUUUCUUCUGCCCUCAUCUUAGUCAUGGAAUUAAUAAGUUAUUUUCCUCUGUGGUGACAAUAAAUAAAUAUUGAGAAUUUUAAUUUGUAUAUUCUAUGUAUAAAGAAACCCUUUAGGAAUAAUGGACGAUUGUGAAACAAUUUACCUGGAUGUGAAAUUCUUUGUUUUCAUGAAACAGACUUUGUUUGGUGUGAUAGCUGACAGCAUAAUGUAAUGAUUUGGUUGCCUAUUUAAGCCCAUUUUUUGGUUAUUUUAUUUUUUGCAUGAGCAUGAAGGACCAAGGACGUUGCAAAGUAAUUCUCUUGAUGGCUGUAUUGUCCUUUGGGACAAACAACUCAAGGAACAGUCUUCACUGGCAUAGUUAAAUAUUAUAACAGAAAGAUCACAUUGUAGUUCCCAGGACUUUAAUUUGAAUAAAAAUUGGACUAAUGAAA